UUUAAGCCUGCAACCAGAAUCGCAUCCACGAUAUAAAUACCGCCUGGACAGCUGGACCUAACCCUUGGCUUUCAUUCUUUAUUUUCUGCUCACCUCCUUUUAAGAGAGGGCUUUGCUUUGUGCGCACCUCUUUUUAAGAGAGGCUCUUUCUAAGAGAGGGCGAGAGAAGUGUUGAAGCUACGAUACUGGACGUAUCGGCGGGUAAGUUCGAUUUUCCGACGAUGCCCGCUGCUUUUCCAGCGGGUUGUAAAAGCUCGGGGCUUCGGAUCUUCAAUUUUCUGGCCAAUAUUCAGUCCGUCUAGGCCUUUCUUUGCCAAAUCCAGAACGGCUAAUAUUUCUUGCCUACCCUGACUCCUUUUCUCUCGAUUUAGCCCUUUCUCAGGGCUCCAUCAGGGCAGACUCGAUCUCUGUGUUUUGGGCUAUUUAAAGGAACAGUCGGGGAUCGGAUUAUUUUGCGAUGUGAUUGAGGGCGAUUUAGGGCUUUUUGCUUCCCGAUCCAGUAUUUUCCGGCCAGAAUUCUGACGAUAUAGGGUUUUAUAUAAGCUGGAACCAUGUUUCUGCUUGACUGGUUUUAUGGUGUUCUUGCUUCCUUAGGGUUGUGGCAGAAAGAGGCCAAGAUCCUUUUUCUGGGUCUUGACAACGCUGGAAAGACUACUCUCCUUCAUAUGUUGAAGGAUGAGAGAUUGGUACAACACCAACCUACCCAGUAUCCAACAUCAGAAGAACUAAGCAUUGGAAAAAUUAAGUUCAAAGCAUUUGAUUUGGGGGGUCAUCAGAUCGCCAGGAGAGUGUGGAAAGAUUACUAUGCAAAAGUGGAUGCGGUGGUCUACUUAGUGGAUGCAGCUGACAAGGAGAGGUUUGCAGAAUCGAAGAAGGAGCUUGACGCGCUCCUCUCCGAUGACUCGUUAGCUGCAGUUCCCUUUCUUGUAUUGGGCAACAAGAUUGAUAUUCCCUAUGCCGCCUCUGAAGAUGAGCUUCGCUACUAUCUCGGCCUCACGAAUUUCACCACUGGCAAGGGCAAAGUAGUCCUUUCUGACUCCAAUGUCCGACCCCUUGAGGUCUUCAUGUGCAGCAUUGUCCGCAAGAUGGGAUAUGGAGAUGGUUUCAAGUGGUUGUCCCAAUACAUCAAGUAGAGUGAGAGUGAGACUAGAGUGAGUGCCCAAUACAUCAAUUAGAGUGAGACUGAGGGUGAGAGUGAGUGAGAGAGAAUACAUCAAGUAGAUAGGAGUGUGUCCCAAUACAUCAAGUAGAUAGAGUGAGUGAGAGAGAUGUCCCAAUACAUCAAGUAGAGUGAGUGAGAGAGAUGAGAGAGUAGAGAUAGAGAGAGAGCUUGGCGUAGCUGCUGAACAAAAGUAACCUUCUGGCUGAGCCCUUUCUUAAUCUCAUCUUGGUUGGUAGAAGAACUCCGGUUUUUUUACGGUUGGUGGAAGAACUCUGGUUUUUUUUACCUAUGUCCAAAACAGACAGAUAAAAAUGAUGAUAAUUCUCUAUUUAAUUAAUCCUGGGUGUAAAGUGAAGGUGUAAUUUUAAUUGGAUUUGAGCUCGUCUCUGUCUCACUUCUUUAA